AUGACUUCUCAAAUAGCUCGUCGAUUACUUAUAUUAGGUGCACCUGGUUCUGGCAAAGGUACGAUUGCCAGUCGAAUAGCUAAAACAUAUGGCACGCCUCAUAUUGUCGUCGGAGAUUUACUUCGUCAGCAUAUUCAACGAAAAUCUGACGAAAGUAAAACAAUUAAAGAACAUAUAGACAAAGGUCUUCUUUUACCUGAUGAUCUUGUAUUAAAAUUUGUUGUUGAUGAACUUGAAAAAAUUCGUGAUCAAGGUUUUCUACUCGAUGGUUAUCCACGAACAUUAAAACAAGCAGAAAUGUUACAUCGACAAAUGAAAGUGAAUCAUGUUAUUGCACUUAAUGUACCUGCUGAUGAAAUUAUUAAUCGAUUGAAAGAUAGAUGGGUUCAUUUACCAAGUGGACGUGUCUAUAAUCUUCAAUGGAGUCCACCUAAAGUAGCUGGAAAAGAUGAUGAAACAGGUGAACCAAUAUCACAACGUGAAGAUGAUAAACCUGAAGUUAUUCGUCAUCGAUUAAAUACACAUGAUAAAAAUACAAAUCCAAUAAAAGAAUUUUACAAACAAUUAGGUCUUCUUCAAGAAUUUACUGGACGUGAAAGUGAUAAAAUAUGGCCUGAAGUUAAACAGUAUCUGGAUCGUAUUCUCAAAGAUUCAAAUAGUCAAAAAACAGCUGCAUAA